AUGGCGCAAGAAGACUCGGAAAAGGUGCGCGAGGCGCAGAAGCUGGCCAAGAUCAAUCCCGAAAAGGCCAUCGCCAUUUACAAGGAGAUUAUUGCCCAGCCGCCGUCCGUGACAAACGAGGCUGCCAUCCGGGAGUACGAGGUUGCCCUGGUCAGCUUGGGCGAGCUCUACCGCGACCAGAGAAACACAGAGGCGCUCGUCGGGCUCGUAACCACCAGCAGGACAGUGCUGUCGUCGUUUGCCAAGGCGAAGACGGCUAAGCUGGUCCGCCAGCUCCUCGACUUCUUCGACGCCAUCCCCAACAGCCUCGAGAUCCAAAUCGCCGUGACGAAAUCCUGCAUAGAAUGGGCCAAAUCCGAGCGGCGCAGCUUCCUACGCCAGAACCUUGAGACCCGCCUCGUGCAGCUGUACAUGGCCAAACAGUCAUGGUACGAGGCACUGACCCUCAUCAACGGCCUUCUGCGCGAACUCCGCCGCAUGGACGACAAACUUGUCCUCGUCGAAGUGCAGCUCCUCGAGUCCCGUGUGUACCACGCCCUGGGCAACAUCAGCAAAGCCCGAGCCGCCCUCACCAGCGCGCGCACCUCCGCCGCCUCGGUCUAUACGCCACCCCUGCUCCAAGCCAACCUUGACAUGCAAUCCGGCAUGCUGCACGCCGAAGACCGCGACUUCCAGACUGCGUACAGCUACUUCAUCGAGGCGCUGGACGGGUACCACACGCAGGAGGAGCCACAGAAGGCACAAGCCGCGCUGCAGUACAUGCUGCUGUGCAAGAUCAUGCUGAACCUAGUCGAUGACGUGCACCAGCUGAUGCAGUCGAAACAAGCGCUCAAAUAUGCGGGGCGCUCGCUGGAGGCAAUGAAGGCCAUCGCGCGGGCACACGCGAACCGGUCUCUCGAAGAGUACGAGCGGGCGCUGGCGGCGUACAAGUACGAGUUGGGCAGCGACGCGUUUAUUAGGAACCACCUGCGCCGACUGUAUGACAACAUGCUGGAGCAGAACCUCAUAAAGGUGAUUGAGCCGUUCAGCCGAGUCGAGAUUGACCAUGUGGCGAGGAUGGUUGGCUUGGAUACGCAGCAGGUCGAGCGUAAGCUUUCGCAGAUGAUCCUGGACAAGGUGAUCACUGGUGUGCUGGACCAGGGGGCGGGGUGCCUGAUUAUUUAUGACGAGACGCAGCGGGACGAGGCGUACGAUGCCGCGCUGGCGACGAUUGAGAAGCUGAGCAACGUGGUCGAUUUGCUUUAUACCAACCAGGCGUCGCUGUUGGAGUAA